CUGGACCUCGCAUCUCGACCUUUCUUCACUCAUCUUCGUUGUUGCGUGCACUUCCCGUCAAUCAGGUUGUCAAGCUAUCAUCAGGCUGCUAUCAAGCUGUUCGUCUCAAACUACCUUCCUCAAGCCCCUAGUAGCAGCUCCGCUCCUGAAGCACCGAUGCGUCCCUCUUUUCGCAGCCUUGACAUGGCUCGAUCGAAUCCAACUUGGAACUGUCCCCCCAAGGACGUCAGAAGAACCCGAACAAUUCACCGCCACACGAUGUUUCAAAGUCUGCCGACGAUGGUGAUUCCUCCUCCAAUGACAUCAGCUCCCAGUUUUCGCAGCAUAUGCCAGGCUUGUUGGUAGCCUCACACGGACAGUCGGUUCAGCGUUGACGACAUUUCACUUCACCAGCUCUUCCCGGUUGCUUCACGCACAGUCACCGGACAUAUCGGUCUCUUCCGGCGCUCCGACUUCAGCCUCCACUAAGCGAUCAGGAAGCUUGCCAAGUUCGCGGAUCUUCAGCAGCCAUUUCUUCAUCAACUCUCUCUCCACUGUAUGACUUCCCUCACGGUACCCAAGCUGCUCCAUCAUUUCCUGCUCAACUUGCUCUCUCAUCAAGCCCCGAAAUGCCAGCAUUUGGGGUCGACGCCCGAUACCGUAGGCAGGUUCGACAGGAUUCUGGCCUCCAUGCUGGCAUCUCCACUUAGAGAGUGCCUGGCGCUCCGCUGCGUUCUCUCUUAACUCUUGAUCUUGGGUGGCCUCAUCCCCGGAAAUACUCAUGAAACCAGCUGCUUGCCGAAGGAUACUUGGACUCCAGUUUAAACGGUCUCCCUGUUGAAGCAAGUACUCAAGCAAAUCAUCGACUUCGCCGGUUCCGUCCUCGCCCGUCGCGAGCUCGGCAAUGAAGAGCUGCACCAACUUGUCAGUACCAGCCACAACGUCAGCCUUGGGAAUCGAGUUCGGCUUGGGUUUUUUGAUGUCAAGAUACACCUGCCGCGCAAUUGCCGCACUCGACACUCCAUGAAGCGCGAGCCAUAAGAUUCUCUCGCACUGCUGCUUGUUGAAGACAUCAUGGGCUCUCUGAGUAAUGAGAUAAUCUGGACUUGAUGCCAACUUUACAAUCAAAGUUGCCUGCGAAUCUGCCGAAUGUCGACUCCCUAGUCUGGGUGCUGGGCUGGUGAGAGGUUGUGUUGGCUCUUCUGUUGGGACUUGGGUAGGAGGAGAGCCGCUUUGUGAACGACAUGGUAUCCCGAACAUACCACUGGCCAAACCAUAUUUUCGCUUUGGAGCUGGUGGUGCCAUAUCGUCUGGUUGCGUUCUGUCUUGUGAAAGAGAUGUGUGGUCGAGGAUCGCUGGCGUCGAAGGGCAUACCGGAUCAUCCUUUUCUAGGGCAUCCUGAGACUCAAACGAUUCCCUCCUGCGCUUGCGUGUUCGCUUUGAACGGUCAUCCACAAACAGUGUUUCUGCCGUCUGGAACGGCUCCUGUUGGGGUUUGCGACGUUGAACGGAAGCAACCUCUCGGUGAGCCAUCGGAAGAUUGACCAUUUGAUGUAUCCCUGUGGCUGUUUCAGCUUGGGGUACGCCGAACUCCCUGCGAACCAGCUCACCUGGGAGUUGAGUAUCUUCAUGAGGAGACUCAUCGCGAAUUGGUGGCAGUAUGGGUCCUCGCUGAUUGGGAACGGCAUAGCCCUGCAUGGGACUUGCUAAAUGACGGUCUACAGGCAAAACACCACGCCGAAUGGUCGAUACCGUCGCGAUACCCAGGGCACCUCUCCCAGGUUCAUGGAUAGCUCCAAAUGUUGCUGGCCCAGCCAUAUGAGGAGACGGUGGAGGGUAUGGCACAAAAGAAUAGGUCAGAGGGCGACGAACGGGGCCAUCAGCGGCUGGCUCUGGUUGCUCUUGGACGAACUGUGGUGUAUAUCUGAAUCCUUGGUGAGUCGAACGCCGGAGAUGUUGCUGGGAAGGAAGUGCCACAGCUUCAGACCGCGCAGAGCGACUGCCGCCAUUAUUGAUCUGUGCAUGGGAGAAAGCAACAUCGUUGUCGCGAUGCUCUGGUUGAUUUGCUCCACCAUCAUCGAUGAUCUGGUAUCCAAGUGGGAUACCUGAGUCAAAGGGGUGUGGAAAAUACUCCCUCAUGGUGUGAGAAGCCCUCACCGACGAGGGGUUGUUGGUGUUUUUACCGCUAUUGAUUGUUUGGUUGCUAUUGACAAAAUGUCGUCGUAGACACGUCUUGAUUUAUAUCCUGGUGUGGUUGCGGUGGUGAUACAGUGACGCGUGCCAUUUCAGCAGAAGUGACAACGGCCAUGAAGUAUUUAUGCACCAUCACCUGCAAGUGAAGGCAAUGGGUGAAGACGAGUGAGAGGCAGUCCGACGUGGAGCCUUGUCAAUAGGGGGAGCAGUGAAGUUCAUGGAACAGACCUCUUUGGCACCACAUGCAUGGGCCCAAGACAAGGCACAUGAGUGAAUGAUUCUGGUGGAGGUGGAAGUGAGACAUGUUGAAAGGCAGGUGAAAGGAAACAAAAGCAAGGAUGCAUUGUGUUGAAGGUAGGUCUUACCUUGUCGCUUGAGGGUGGAUGUUUUGUUAUAUGGCAACUACCAGCCUUGUGAGAAGGGACGCUCACGACGAUUCCUCACAAGCGGACAAAGGCUCGAAGUCUGGCAUCCCGGAACAGGUGAGACGGUUGCGUACAUAUGUU